ACCGACAGCGCAGCGAAGAAACUCCCGAAAACUUAGCAGUGUGAAAAUUAAAGAAAUAAAUUUUCAUGCACUCAGUCAGUCAACCUCCCCCGUAUGCCCUCUCUUUCUCAACUCUCCCCAUAUUCAAAUCAACCUUCCCCGUAUCCAAUGUGGAGAGAGAGAGAGAGAGAGAGAGAGAGAAGCGUAGACUUUCACUUGUUUCGAAAUCCAAGAUAUAUAAUCAAUUCGAAACACAUGGUUUCGAUCCGCAUCUUCGAGCAACAGCCUGUUGCUCUCUUCCCCAUUUUCAUUUUCCCUCUAAACUCCCACCAUUUCCGAUUCAGCUCGGCAAGACGAUAGAAUACGCUCCAGCAGAGAGUCAGAGAGUUAGAUAAUUACAGCAGACCAACAACGUUGUUUCAUCAACUUGAACCUGAAGCUCGACGCCCUGAGAAGUAAAGUGCUCGCUCGCGGCCGCGUGAGCUACAGCUCUGGGUCGGGAUUUAUCAACCUAGCUACAUAGACCCGAAAAUGCUAGAGCGGUGCUUCGGGCCUCGGCAGCUAUGGCACAUCAAGCGAGUCCUCCGUAACGGGAAAGUAACGCUCAUCUGCCUGGUGCUAACGAUCCUCGUCAUCCGCGCCAACAUCGGUGCCGGGAGGUUCGGGACCCCGGAGCAAGACCUCGAAGAGUUCCGCGAGCACUUCUUCCACUCCUCCAGCCGCCGCGUCCUCGAGGAGGCCGCAACAACAAGCAAUGCCGCUGCUGCCGCUGCCGCCGACACCGCCAACGCCACCGAUGCGGCGUCUGAGUACAGCUACGCCAACGCCGACAUGACGAAGAUUUGGGCGGACGAAGGCGAGGACGAAAAACCCAAGAGUUACAGCGAGGCUUACACCCUGGGACCCCAGAUACUUGACUGGGACGAUCAGAGAGCCGAGUGGCUGGAAAAAAAUCCUGAUUUUCCCAACUUCGUGGGACCCAACAAGCCUCGGGUCUUGUUGGUUACCGGGUCGUCCCCGAAACCGUGCGAAAACCCGAUCGGCGAUCAUUACCUGGUGAAGUCGAUCAAGAACAAGAUGGAUUACGCCAGGGUUCACGGGAUCGAGGUGUUCUACAACUUCGCUUUGUUCGACGCGGAAAUGACGGGGUUUUGGGCUAAGCUCCCGUUGAUCCGGAAGCUCUUGCUGGCUCACCCGGAGGUAGAGUUCCUGUGGUGGAUGGAUAGCGAUGCCAUGUUUACCGAUAUGGCGUUCGAGAUCCCGUGGGAGAGGUACGAGGAUCACAACUUCGUGUUGCACGGAUGGGAGGUGAUGGUGUACGACUGGCAUAGCUGGGUCGGGUUGAACACGGGUAGUUUUUUGCUGAGGAACUGUCAGUGGUCGUUGGACAUUCUCGACGUUUGGGCUCCCAUGGGUCCCAAGGCGGUUCGGGAAGAGGCCGGGAGGUUGCUCACGCGGGAGCUUAAAGAUCGGCCAGUUUUCGAAGCCGAUGAUCAGUCCGCCAUGGUUUAUAUACUCGCGACGCAGAAGGAGAAGUGGGGUGACAAGGUGUAUAUCGAAAGCGAGUACCAUUUGCACGGCUACUGGGGCGUUCUGGUCGACAGGUACGAAGAGAUGAUCGACACUUACCACCCUGGUCUCGGAGACGAUAGGUGGCCGCUUGUGACUCACUUUGUCGGGUGCAAGCCGUGCGGAAAGUUCGGGGAGUAUUCGGUGGAGAGGUGUUUGAAGCAGAUGGACCGCGCUUUCAACUUUGGGGACAAUCAGAUCCUGCAGAUGUACGGGUUUACGCACAAGACGCUCGCGAGUAGGAGGGUGAAGAGAACCAGAAACGAGACAACCAACCCUCUCGAGAUCAAGGAUGAGCUUGGUUUGCUUCACUCGGAAUUCAAAGCUACUAGGGUGUCGACUCCUUGAAGGAAAAAUGGAGGUAUUGCUACAUCGAAAUCAACAUAGAGGUGCCUUUACACUAUAUCCCAAUUCUUUGUUCUCAGUUUUUUGAGUUGUAUGCAUGUUCUUUUGUAGUACUUUGGUACUAUUUGUAUUACUCGUUUAUAUCAUUCCCUUUGAUCAGUCUUUAAAAUUUACUUUGAUUUUGAAUGGAAAGCAAAUUCUAAUGUUUAGAAAUCGUUAAAAUUAGAGCAUUCGAUAUGGAUAGAUUUCGGAAAUCAAGUUGUUCUUUCAAUUUUUGA